GACAAACACAGAUAGCCUAGCUUUAGUGUCACUUAUCUAUAGAUAAAAAUCCAGUCACAAUUCGAUCCACGCCGCGAGUGUACAAUCCUAUUUUUUUUAUAUUAAUUAUAAUUAGUGAAGUGCAUAAGUGAUGGCUGGAGCCGGUCGUGGGGCUGGACGGGGCCCAGCUGUGGGCAAAUUGGAGUCCCAAAUUUAUUGUAUCAAGUACACAUUGUUUUGUUUCAACGUUGUGCUCUGGUUGUUCGGUUUGUCUAUCUUUGCACUCUGCCUAUGGAUUUGCAUCGAACCUGUCUUCAGUGAAUGGAUGACCAUUCUGGAACUGCAGAAAUACUACAUUGGCAUCUACAUCAUCCUUAUAGCAUCUCUGGUCAUAAUGGUUGUAGCUUUUCUGGGAUGUGGAUCAGCUCUUAUGGAAAACGUCUUUUUAUUAUUCGCUUACAUCGCUACGCAAAUCGGCAUAUUCGUAUUCGGUUUGGUGGGAGCAUGCGUCCUUCUGGAUUUCUCCACAUACAACUCCAGUCUCCAGCCUCUUAUCAAAAACUCUAUCUACAAUUUGAUGAACAACCCACAACACGAAGGUAGUCGGCUCAUCUUGAGAAUGGUGCAAGAAGGUAUUGGAUGUUGUGGUGCCGAUAGUCCUAUGGAUUAUCUAAAUUUGAACAAACCCUUACCUGCUGAAUGCAGAGAUUCGGUAACAGGAAAUGCUUAUUUCCAUGGAUGCGUCGAUGAGCUCACUUGGUAUCUAGAGGGCAAAAGUGGAUGGCUUGCUGGUAUCGUACUAGCGUCUUGUAUGAUUGCUGUUAUCAACGCCGUAAUUUCAUUGGUCCUUAUUCAUGCAGUAAGGAAAGAAGAAGACGAAGCGAUAGCAUACAAAUAGAUGUAACGAAACCGCAUAGCUUUAAGUUUAUGUUAGAUUAACAAAAACUUUGACUUAUAGAGAUUUUUAUAAAUUAGCAUUAUAAAAUUAUUAUAAAUAAGUACUUUUUAUAUACAGAGAUAAAGUAUAUAUGAGACAUAAUCCAAUUAAAUAAAUUUGUAUAUGGUAUUGUUAUAAUAUAGUGUUAUAUUUACUUUACUACAAUAUUUUACAGCAUAUUAACAGAUAACAAAAUAAACCACUAACUGAUUACUUCUCACGAGAAUUAAAUUAUUUAUAUAUUUUAGAAUGAUAGAAUCUGUAACACCUAUAUUAUAUAGUAAUAUCAUUCUAGCCUUUUGUCCACCGUUUUGUUAAUUAAGUUAAAAUAAUUUAGUCAAUAAAAUUUUAA